GCUAAAAAAGCGUCGUUUUUUCCUUUUUUUAAAGCGACUGGUUUCACGUUUCUCCGGUAGAAGGUGGCAACCCUGAGUACUCAUCGAGUACGCCAUGAGCCGAUAUUAGUAAAAAGGGAGUGAGUUGUAUUAAGUUUUUAGUGCAAAAAAUACAUCAACUCAAUGUCUUCAGCGGGGUCUAGCGGAUCGGGCCGCGGCAGAGGCGGCCAAGCGGCCGUCGGGGAUCAGAAGGAGGCCAAGGAGUCGAAGCCGAACCCGAAGAUGUCGAAGGCGUUGGGCACGUCGGCGAAGAGGAUCCAGAAAGAGCUCGCGGAAAUCACGCUGGACCCACCUCCAAAUUGCAGUGCCGGACCGAAGGGGGAGAAUUUCUAUGAGUGGGUGUCCACGAUUUUGGGCCCGCCGGGGUCGGUCUACGAGGGUGGCGUGUUCUUCUUGGAUAUACACUUCUCGCCAGAGUACCCGUUCAAACCGCCGAAAGUCACGUUCAGGACGAGGAUUUACCAUUGCAAUAUCAACAGUCAGGGCGUGAUUUGCUUGGAUAUUUUGAAGGAUAAUUGGUCGCCCGCCCUCACUAUUUCCAAGGUUCUCCUAUCCAUCUGCUCUUUGUUAACCGACUGCAAUCCAGCGGAUCCGUUGGUGGGAAGUAUAGCCACGCAGUAUCUUCAGAACCGCGAAGAGCACGAUCGCAUCGCCCGAUUGUGGACCAAACGUUACGCUACGUGAUUGAAUUAUGUGUUAGCACUUCCGUCGAUGUUGCUCCCCUUCGCCAUAAUGGCAAAAUAUGGUCUUUUCAUCUGUCAUGAUUUAUUUCAUAUUGUUUUGUCUUCAGUGUUCAUGUAUUAUGUUAAUUAAAUCAUCCACUACAUGUUUAGUUACAUAAAGAGUAGGAUACGAAAUUACUGUCUAAAAAAAUAUACUCUUCUGGUAAUACAUAAUAUUGUAGUUAUAAAUAACGCAAACGUAAUAUCGGUGAAUUUUUUUUGUGUUGUGGUAAUAAAUUUCUCCUCAGUGGCCAAACAGAAUGUUGUAAUAUGAUUAAUUUUUACGUAAACUUGUAUUUUAGGCACUAAGUGUUAAGUUCCUGGUGAUUAUUUUCUAUUAAAGUUUUGGACAAUAAAUGUUUUUUCUCUUUCGCUAGGUUAAAAUUGUCGGAAAGUAUUAAACGUUACGAUAAGAACUUGUUCUCCAUAUCAUAUUGGUUUUAUGUGUAUUUAUUGAGUGUACUGGAUUUUUAUUUGCAGUUAGGUUCCUGCGAUUUGUGCAAUUAAUAUAACAUGUAGGUUGCCCGCGCAAACUACAUAACUGUUUCGAUUCGAACGAGAAUGUCUUAUUGGUGCAGUUUCCUUCCCAUACCGCUUGUGUAAAGUAUACUUUUUUUACUAAAUUAAGAGAAUAUGGACUAUUCUUCUAGAAGUCGAGUACUGUUUAGUUUAAUUGUAACAAUAAAGUUUUAGUAUGUAACCGACAAA